AAAUAACAAAUAACAAUUAAAUAUAAAAUAAUUUUGACUAUUCUAUUAUCAUUUAAUAUUUAUCUAUAUAAUCUACUUAUUGAGUUCAGCCGCGGCAGCCUCCUUUCUGAUUUUGGAUCGAUAGUUAAAUUACUACUAUUAAUAAGCAAUAGCUAAUUACUAUAAUAAUUAAUAGGUAGUUUUUAUUUCUAACUCACCUCUCACGAUAAUUAGUUAUUACUUUCGAAAUACAAACGUUCAUAAAUCAUAAGGUAUAAAUAAUGGAAUCAUUAAUUUUGGAAGAUUUAAGAUGUUUGGGAAAAUCCAUUUCUGUUAAAGAAUUUAGAAAAUCGAUUAAUGGUGGACCAAAAUCCAUUAAGUAUACUCAAUUGGUUGAAUGGAUAACCAAAGAAAUUCAGAUACUAUUGGGACUUGAAGAACAUGUAAAUUCUAUAAGCUCCGAAGCAGAUUCUAGUUCAUUCUUAUUGGAAGUUAGCAGUUUCUUAAAAGAAUCUGGUUGUUCUUAUAACACUCUUAUUGAUGGCCACUUUGAAAAUCGUUUAAAUUCAGAUGAAAACAAGUUACUUUUAUUAGAUUAUUUGAUUGGUGAAUUAAGAGCAUCUCGAAUAAUAAAUGCUAGCACUACUAAUACCAAAUGUAAUAUGCAAGUGACACUAAUUGAGAGCAAUACAUCUAAAUAUGUUAAAGAAAUUUUGAUGACUUUAAAAUUUCCUAAGCCACCACAAAAUAUUAACACUUCUUCUUUAUUCAACAAAGUUAAUAUAAAAUUGCAAGAUCUUCUAAAAACUGUUCCACCUGCAUUAAUUGGAAAGUCGUUAGUUUGUAAUUCAUAUAGUAAUGAACAAUGGAAAUACAUUAACAAAAGUAUAGAACUUCUUAAUGAAGAAUUUAACAUACGAAGCAAAAUGUUGUUAACAAGACUCGAUGUAACAGUACAAUCAUUUAAAUGGCCUGACAGACUAAAAAAUAAAAAACAAAAAUUGGAAGAAAUUUACCAAACUAAAUUAAAUCUAAUAAACAAAUUACCUAAUUUUUGUACAUCUGAUUUUCUGUUGGCUAGAGAUGAUUUAGCAAUUGUUGAAAAAACUUCAAGUAUGUUAGCUGUACAAAAUACAAAUUCAUCAGUUAAUAAAGUUAUGAUUGGUCAAGUACCUGAUAGAGGUGGAAGACCAAAUGAACAACAAGCACCCCCUCCUGAGAUGCCUAGUUGGCAGCAAAGAACACAAUCACAAGGAGGUAGAGGUAGUCAAUCAAAUAGAGGAAGUCAGUCUAAUAGAGGUGUACAGUUUAACAGUAGAGGAGGUCAAGGUGGAAGCCCACAAAAUAGAGACAACCAAUCAUAUAGAAACUCUAACAUUGGUGGUUUUCAAGGUGGAUCUAAUGUUUACCAGAUGACUGAUGGAUUUCAAUCAAUCAGUGUUGGCAAUGAAAGCAGAAAUUUUCAUCAAAAUAAUAGACGAGGGCGAGUGCAAGGUGGCUGGAACAAUAAUCAGUCCAGGGACUUCCAUGGUAGCAACCGUGAAGAGCAGAGUAGGGCGUAUGAUAAUUACAGUCAAGGUACCUAUCAAAACAAAGGAUAUGAUAAUAAUAGAUUCCAAGGUACAUCAAAUGAAAGACAGCGGAGCCAAGAUCCUCAGAAUUAUUAUGGCAAUAGCCAAGAUCCUCAGAAUUAUUAUGGAAAUAGCCAAGAUCAGUAUGGUGGCAAUAAUAGAGAGUAUACUAGACAUGAUUCUGCAGAUGUAAAUAGACGUGGUUACUCCAAAAGAGGUAGAGGUCAUAAUGGACAAACAUAUUACAAUCAACAGAGAAAUAACUGAACUGAUUGAUUAGGUAACAUAUUGUAUAUAAUCAUAAAGUUACCUUCUUGUUUAUAACUAAACUAAACUAUUAAUUCAAAGUAUAUGAUUAGGUAUAUUAUAUUCAAUAUUCUUACAAAUAAAUCAUAUAACCAAAAAAUUAAUUUCCUUGGAUUUUUUUUUUAUAAAUAUUUACUAUUUAGUUCAACUUUAUAUUAUAAUUAUUGUAUUGUAUUAUAAAUAAAACAAAUUGAACUUUUAAAGUAUCAAGUGUAAUAUAAAAAAAAUGAGUUCAUGAAUUAUCCCAUAUUAUUGUUAUGGAUAUUUUAAAAUGCACCUAAUAAUGUAAUAAAUAAUUUUUGAUUAAUAAAUAAAAAUUUUGAACAAACCUUA